GAUUUCAUUUGCAGUAUCAUCAUCUAGUACAAUUUUAAUAAAGCAAAACUCUAUGAGAAUCAGAAUCAAACAAGGUGAAAUUUCUGGAAAAAAGCAGAUUGAGAUCUGAAGGGAGGGAUCCCACCCACGGGAUCAAGCUCCCUUCUUCUCCCUCACGGCUCUCCCAAAAAUUCCUCUGUUCAGAAAUUACCUAAGGCAAUGAAACCCAGAAAAUGAAACCAGAAAAUGAAGCUCCUCUGGAAGCUCAGUGAUCCUUCCUCUCAACCACCGUUGUUGCCCCGUUUCUUCUCCAGUAAAUCCCCUUCUAUUGCUCUCAAAAACUCAGACGAAACUCCCCAACAAAGAGACCCAAAAUCAACCAACCUCCCCUAUUACUCUGCUUUUGCCCUAUAUAUAUACCCCAAAUGAUAAAAAUAAAAAUAAAAUGCAACAAAAGACAAGGGCCUUGCUCUGUCAAUCAAUGAUGCCAAUUUGU